AACCCAUUGGUUGGUUCACUGAAAAUAGUUCGACGUGUGCGAGUUUGGAAGUUGGUGUUAGCGUGUCCUGAACCUUAUUUUUUACUAUCACACGUGUGACUUCAUUCUCUAGUGAUUAAUUUUCGUGAAAAUCUGAAAGGAAGUUAUCCGGAUUUGGAUUGCAGUCAAGUUAUGAAAGAUAAGAACGCAAACGAUGUCAAACUUCUGCAACCCCGAGCCGCCUACCGGUCCGUCAAACCCUCCGACGGCACCUCCUCCACCACCACCCCCGCCCCAAUGCUCCACGUACACAUUUCCUGAAGCCCGUUCUCCUGAAAGUCGCGGCCAUCUCCGUAGCAUCAGCCAUGGAGGUAGCAGUUCUCUCGGCGGUAGCAGUUCAGCGGGUGUUGUUGGCCGACCUUCAGCCCUCAAAGGGGGUCGCGGUCACCAACGCGCCUUCUCCCAGGGUCAAAUUGGAGCUGAACCCGUCCGACCGGGCCAUAGCCGCGUCGGUUCCAAAACCGAUUUCAUCCUGCCUCCUGGACACAAAGAUAGCGAGAAUAUCGUUGGGGGCAGCACUUCGAAGGUUUCCGCCAAGGGGCACAGUCGACAGGCGUCGCGAUCGGAGAGCAUCUAUACGUUGCGGCGGUCGGCGCCGCCCCCUUGGUGGCGGCGGCUGUUGUGUGUGUUGCUGAGACGGUCGCCGAAGUCCGAGCCCGAGGAGAGGUAUAGGACAGUGGUGCCGAAUCAUCUAGUACCCCCCAAGACGCCGCGAAAGGAGCAUCCGAACGGGAAAAGGCCGAAUAAUAAAAUCAGGACUACAAAAUAUACGCUUUUGUCGUUUUUGCCGCGGAAUUUACUCGAACAGUUUCACCGCGUUGCGAAUUUAUAUUUUAUUUUUAUCGUGUUGCUCAAUUGGUUUCCGGCGAUAAAUGCGUUCGGGAAAGAGAUUGCCAUGAUUCCAGUUAUGUUCGUGUUGGGAGUGACGGCUGUGAAGGAUUUAUUCGAAGACCGCAGAAGGAAUGCCAGUGAUAAGAGGAUAAAUAAUUCUACAUGUAGGAUAUAUCAGAGCGAAGCCGCCAGAUAUAAGAAAGUCCUUUGGAAAGAGGUGAGAGUCGGGGAUUUGAUUCAUCUUUCGAAUAACGAAGUCGUCCCAGCUGAUAUUCUUUUGCUACGAUCAAGUGAUCCGAGCGGCUUGUGUUAUAUUGACACCGGCCAUCUAGAUGGCGAAACGAAUUUGAAGCAACGUCAAGUCGCCCGAGGAUUCGUUUCGAAGCAAGAUGUGUUCGAGCCUAGCAAAUUCCGCAGCAAAGUGGAAGUGGAAGCCCCCACGACGAAAAUCUAUCGUUUUCACGGUGCUAUCGUACAUCCAUCGGGUGAGAGAGUACCCGUGGGUACUGACAAUAUACUACUCAGGGAGUGCCUUCUCAAAAAUACCGAUUUUGUGGAAGGAAUCGUCGUUUAUGCGGGUCACGAGACCAAAGCAAUGCUCAAUAAUGGGGGACCAAGAUAUAAAAGAUCUUCCUUAGAACGACAAAUGAAUCAGGACGUGCUUUGGUGCGUCCUGAUUUUAAUCGUUUUGUGUCUGAUCGGUGCCAUAGGGUGUAAGCUUUGGUUGAACAUAUUUAAUCGUUUAGAGCCGCCUUUCAAGACGGAACAUUCCGAAGGGACAGAGGCAUUUUUAGCGUUUUGGACUUAUAUUAUCAUUUUACAGAUUAUGAUUCCCUUAUCGCUCUACGUAACCCUUGAAAUGUGCAAAAUUAUCCAAGUGUACCACAUCCACCACAACGUUGACCUCUACGACCCCAUCAUAGACAAACGCACCGAAUGUCGCGCCCUCAACAUCACUGAAGAACUCGGCCAAAUCCAGUACAUUUUCUCGGAUAAAACUGGCACUCUUACCGAAAAUCGGAUGAUUUUCCGUCGAUGUGCUAUCGCCGGCGUCGACUACAACCAUCCGAAAAUGGAAAACGAAGGCAAAAAUGGCAAACUCAACUCGCUUAGUGUAGUCGCAAACCCUCGUCUCAUCAGCGACCUUAACCAAGUCGGCGCUGUUACCGAACAAAUCUACACAUCUCGCCAGACUCACGCAGCCAAAAUCCAAGAGUUUCUAUUAUUAUUAGCCGUGUGUAACACAGUCGUAUGUUCGAGACAUCCACAUUAUGACAUGAUGAACGCGUCGGGGUUGAUCGAGGCGGUGCCGAGUAGUUUCAAUCAAUCGGAUAAGUACAGACGGCUGGAAGAGUCGCGUUCGGUAACUCCUUCUCCACCACUGAAUUUCGUAGAAGGGAGAACGGACCUGUCAUGUUCGUCCGAAGUCGAAGUAAAGAAACCCAAACUAUUGAAUUUACCGCUCUUGGGACGAAAACAGGGGAGUAACACUAAUCUAACAGACGAGCAAAAGGCGAAAUUGCGGUCGUCAACGCCGAGUCCGCACGAGUUAAAGCCGAUUUUUGAGGCAGAAAGUCCUGAUGAAUUGGCUUUAGUCGAUGCCGCCUUUAAUUACAAUUGCAAAUUGUUGAAACGGACUCCGACUUCUGUUUGUGUCGAGUUUUUCGACGAAGGCCGAGUGACUUAUGAGAUAUUGGACGUUUUGCCUUUUGAUUCAAUCCGCAAACGCAUGUCUGUCAUUGUCAAAAAUCCGAUUACUGAUGAAAUUAUUUUGUUUUGUAAAGGGGCCGACAGUAGCAUUUUUCCGUAUUUAGCUCCAGUCGAGGAUGAUUCCGAACAAAAAAUUAUAAUAAGUAAGACACAAAAUCACGUCAAUAAUUAUUCAAAAGAUGGCUUCCGUAUUUUACUAAUGGCCAAACGGGUAUUGUCACAACAGGAAUAUGCAGAGUGGAGUAAAAAACAACGAGAGAUGAACAUGUCACUUGAUAAUAUUGAACGUAAAGUACAAGAGAAUUACUCGCGUAUUGAGUGUAAUUUAACCCUGUUAGGGGCUACAGGGAUUGAAGACCGGCUCCAAGAGGGAGUUCCUGAGACACUUUCAGCUCUUAUGUCGGCCGGAAUUGUUGUUUGGGUUUUGACCGGAGACAAACCAGAAACCGCUAUUAACAUAGCCUACUCUAGUAAAUUAUUUUCGCCACAUAUGGAACUAUUAAAACUUAUGACACGGUCGAAAGAAACAGCCGAAAGCACGAUUAUGUUUUACUUAUCCGAGAUCGAAAACGCCGCCUCUAGUAUCCAAACAGUGUUGCCAACUACAAGUCGGCGUGAUUUAAACCGCUCUGGGCCGAAAAACCGAAGCAAGGCUCUAGUCAUCGAUGGGAAAACCUUGACUUUUAUUCUCGACCGACGCUCAAACCUAACCAAACCCUUUCUCAAGCUAACCACUCAAUGUAGUUCAGUUUUGUGUUGCCGGGCGACUCCACUCCAAAAGGCUUAUAUCGUGCGAGUAGUUAAAGAGGAGUUGAAAAUGAGGACUUUGGCUAUUGGGGAUGGGGCCAAUGACGUGUCGAUGAUCCAGACUGCCGAUGUCGGGAUUGGGAUUUCAGGUCAGGAGGGGAUGCAAGCCGUCAUGGCGGCCGAUUUUGCCUUAUCCAGGUUUAAAUUCCUAGAACGAUUGUUACUCGUACACGGACAUUGGAGUUACGAUCGGUUAUCUCGCAUGGUUUUAUAUUUUUUCUACAAGAAUGCAGCAUUUGUGUUUUUGUGUUUUUGGUAUCAGUUGUUUUGCGGAUUUUCCGGUGCGGUUAUGAUCGACCAGAUGUAUCUUAUGUUGUAUAAUCUGUUGUUUACAUCGCUGCCGCCUCUUGCAAUCGGUGUGUAUGACCAGGACGCUCCUGAGGAGCUUUUGAGGGAUAGGCCAUACCUGUAUAGGCAGGGCCGGUUGGGGAAAGUCUACAGGAGUUACUCAUUUUGGUUGACUAUGGCCGAUGCCAUUUACCAAAGUCUUUGUAUUUUUUUCAUCUGCCAGGGGGCUUACGCCGACUCUGAUAUCGACAUGUUCGAGUUUGGAACUACGGCGACGACGGCGUGUAUGUUUGUGAUGUUGCUGCAUGUAUCGAUUGAGAUACGGUCGUGGACUAUAAUCCAUGUGGGUUCAAUAGUGAUUUCGAUUGGGGCGUUUUACGCCUAUUCGUUCCUUUACAAUUCCCUGUGCGUCAAUUGUUUUGGUUUGCCUAGCACCUAUUGGAUAAUCCAGAAGGCAACGAGUCGACCCACUUAUUGGUUGGUGACUUUGCUUUCAUGCGUUGUCGCUUUGUUGCCGAGGUAUGUGUUCCACGUGCUGAAAACGCUGAUGGCGCCGGAUGACGUGACGAGGGCGGUGAUGGCUUACCGCAGGGCUAGUAGAAGAGGUGAGGGCUUUCUCGUAUCUUGGUCAAGGUCUACGUCUACAUCUUCCAUAUACAGGUAUUGUAAGGGGUGGCGGUUGCUCGCUUUUAGUGCACUGUAGUGUCCUCUAUGUAGUCUAUAAAGAACCACAGAUUCGAGGCCUAAGAAUAACUCUUUGACAGCUGUGGGCUAGACCAGUGUGGCCUUAGGGAAAUCAAAGUGCUGGUAGUUGAAAUAAACUUGUAUUUUAGGCUGUGAUGUGUAUAAAUAAGGGACCAAUUAACUUAUUCCAAAACUAUUUAUCUUAGCGCGAGAUUUUUUAAAGUGUAAGUGGAGCAAUUGAUUGUGCCAUUUUUAAUGAAGUUGUGUACUUAUAUUUUAAGCCGAUUACAAACUUUGCAGUUACCAAUUCAUCCUUUUAUGUUCCUGUUUGAUUAUAUUUCACUUGCCAGAUUUGUUGAAUGCACAAUUUUUCUAUUCUAAUUUAUUUUUUGAUGAGAUUUUUUAAAUAUCCAUGACUGUGACGUGACUACUCUAUUUUUUAAUAUUUCUAAGGUGCUAAGUGAUGGCAAUGAAACAAAAUCAAACUUUCUUUCUGUAUAGGUGAAACACUUUUAUUAUGUAAGUCGAACUCACUUUUUUACGGUUUUCACCAUUGCCUUAAAAACGUUUUCUAUAGACUGUGUGAUGUAACAUGUUGAUUUUCUAGAGUAUAAAACAGAAUGUUAUCAAAUAGUUUAUUUUAGAUGCGAUUUAAUGAAUGAAUAUUUUUAUGUACGAAUAAAAAGAUACCAGUAUUAGA